CUCUCACACAAACAGCGGCAGAGAGAGUAAAUAGAGAAAAGCCCUAAGAUGGCGGAGCCAAUGAGCCUCAUUCACUUUGGUUCAGCGACGAAGAGCCCGCUCUCCAAGCCCAAGGAGUCGAAGCCGUCGUCCGAAAACCGAACGCAGUCUUCCCGGGACCACCAGGCUCCACCACCUAAAAAAGUUCGAAGCGAAGAGAAGAGCCUGAAGCCCAAGAAACUGAAUGGCGAAGGCGGCGGCGGCGGAGGAGGAGGAGAGGGGAAGCAGCAGAGUUAUGGCAGCCCGACAACAUGGAGCGUCUCUCCCGUCAAGCCGAGCAGCCCCGCGCCGCCGCAGCAGCAGCAGCAGCAGCCUCCUCUCCACAAAGUGCACAGCGUGUUCAAGCAGAGCGCCUUCCUCGCUUCACCAUCCAAACCCAAAAAGCUGAAGGAAAAGCGAGAGCACGACAAGGAGCGAGAGAAGGAGAAGAGGAAGCACAGGCUGGAGAGCAGCAGCCUCGGGAGCGUCAGUGCUGCGGUCAAGAAGGAGAACGGAGAGCUGAAGUUAGUGCAGAAAGAGCACAUCAUCAAGGACAAACUGAAGGAGAGGGAGAGAGAGAAGGAAAGAGUGCGGGAGAAGGAAAAGAAAAAGGAAAGGGAUAAAGAAAAGGAACAGACGAAGGAGAAAGACAAAGAGAGGGAGAAGAAGAAGCACAAGUUGACGAACGAGAUCAAACGAGAGAACGGAGAAGUGAAGCUGCCACAGAAAGUUGACACGGAGAAACCGAAGGCAAAUGCAGAGGAGCUGCUGCUCAAAAAGGCGAAGAAGAAAAAGAAAAAGAAACACAAAGAGGCGGAGAGACGCAAGCGGCCCAAGAUGUACAGCAAGUCCAUUCAAACGCUGUAUUCAGCCCUGCUGAGCCCCGAGCUCCCAGGAAUGCUGUCCAAAUCGGAGAACGAAUUCAAAUCCCCAUUUCCCGUCUGUAAAACACUCUCACUCUCCUCCUCUUCUACUGCCACUGUCAAGCAGGAGAAGGGCAGCUGCUCAAAGUCCAGCUGUGGAGCCGGGGACACCGGUACGGCAAGCAGUGGGAAAACUUCACAGCUCCAUUCCCGGCUCCCGGGGAUAGAUGGUUUGGAAUUUGGCCGGUUUGUGCACGUGGAGCAGCAGCCGAACGGCGGCGCCCUGGUCGUGCACGCCUACAUCCGCGAACUCUCUGUUCUCUCACCCGAGGAGAUGCAAAGGUUCGCUCAUGAAUUUGUGACGCUGGCAUUCUGCGAGGACCAUAACGGAGCUGCGCACUACGUCAUGGGCAUCGUCCAUGGAGCUGCCUCCUACCUCCCUGACUUCCUGGAAUAUUUUUCUUCCAAAUUCCCCAAUUCGCCUGUAAAGAUGGAGAUCCUUGGCAAGAAAGACAUUGAAACGACCACCAUGGCAAAUUUCCACACUCAGGUAAAGAGAACCUACUCCCACGGGACGUACCGCGCCGGGGCCAUGCGCCAGAUCAGUCUGGUGGGAGCCGUGGAUGAGGAGGUGGGGGAUUACUUCCCAGAAUUCCUCGGCAUGUUACAGCAGUCCCCCUUCCUCGAACGGACGUUGCCAUGGGGAACAUUCUCCAGUCUGAACCUGAAAAGCCCUACAGAGAGUGAUGACGGGCCGAUCAUGUGGGUUCGGCCUGGAGAGCAGAUGAUCCCCGUCACUGACAUGCCAAAGUCUCCUUUCAAAAGGAAAAGGUCAACCAAUGAGAUCAAGAACCUGCAGUACCUACCUCGGGCAAGUGAGCCGCGUGAGAUGCUGUUUGAGGACCGGACACGUGCGCACGCCGACCACAUUGGACAAGGCUUUGAGAGGCAGACCACUGCUGCAGUGGGUGUGCUUAAAGCUGUACGUUGUGAAGAGGGCAUGGAGCCUCCUCGUAUUACCAAAGACGUGGUCUGCUUCCACGCUGCGGAUUUUGUAGAUGUCGUGCAGCGAUUACAGCUGGAUCUGCAUGAGCCGCCCCUGUCGCAGUGUGUCCAGUGGGUGGAUGAUGCCAAGCUGAACCAGCUGAGGCGUGAGGGCAUCCGAUACGCUCGCAUCCAGUUGUAUGACAACGACAUCUACUACAUCCCGCGCAGCGUGGUGCACCAGUUUAAGACUGUGUCGGCGGUGUGCAGCCUGGCCUGGCACGUCCGCCUCAAACAGUACCACCAUGACGCCGAGGAUGAGAAGGAGGACAAGAAGACAGUCACCUCCCCCUCCACAUUUAUCAAGCAGGAUCCCUUGUGUGAAGCUCGGAGUGUGCCAGGUUCGCCCACCUUCAUCGACCCUAAACAGGCCAGAGAUGUCCCACCCGUGCCCCGGAUCAAGGUGGAGGAGGCAGAGCUUCUCCCUGACAGGACGCCGAAAGCCCCCUCUUCUGGCGCAGCAGCAACGCCGCCGUCGGCUCCUGUAUUGGACCAAGCCAAAGCACACCAUCACUCGCACACACUCGCCCCGAGGUCCAUGCCCGGCCUGAGUUCGGUGCCGACGAAGCACACGCCCGCCUCGACACCAACCAAACAUGCGCAGCCGUCCCUGCCGACCAAACAUCCCUACAGCUCGACGUCCGUCAAACACGCGCACUCCAGCUCAGCAGGUAGACACGGCCACUCUUCCAUCACGUUCAAACCGACCCACUCCUCGGGCACCACGCCAACCAAACACACACACACUACUACUUCAAUACCUAAACAUCUUUAUUCCCACAAUCCCAAAACCAGCUCUGGACAUUCGGACAGUCGGACUGCCCCGCCCCAGUCAGGUUCGUCUCAGUCACAGAUUAUUUCUGUUCACCAAUCAUUUCCAUCACAAUCGCAGGUUCUUCACCAGUCGGUUCUGCCUCAGCAGCAGUCGUCCUGGCCGGACAGAGCCUCAGACUCUCUUCACCCAAAGGUCACCCCACAGGACACUCGGCCACACCAGCCACUCAGCCCCCUCUCUCGUGAACAGCAGAAAGACUUUUUAUGCUGAUUUGUACAUAACUGUUUUUAAAUGGGCUUUUUUUCGGUUUUAUCUUCUUAGUUUUUUUUUCUUUUAUCAUUUUUUUCUUUUUUGGGGUCAACUUUUCAUUUCUAUCGAUGCAAAGAGGCAACGCUGAAAGGAAAGGUGGGCCUGACCACUUCUCCAGCGACAGUGCGAGAUGAGAUGGAAGGAUGUCCAGUUUGGCCGUGACCGAUCGAAAUACACAGCAAAUGUAGCGAAUAACAUUCCUCAGUGCCUGCCUGUAACUGUGAACUGUCGUCAUAAGCACUUAGGGCCAGCUGCACUGCUACCCUGCAGGUCGGAUUAAUACAAAACAAAAUAAACCCAAACAGGUCCUCCAAUAAUAUAUUUUUAAGUUGUAGGCUAUAGUUAUGUAUUAGAGCUGACAUGAACAUAUAUAUAUUUUUUUUAAGAUGAGAUGAGACAGACUUCUUUUAAUGACUCCAGGCUUUUCCAUAGAGCUUAUUUAUAUCAAGUUUUUUUUCUUUCUUUUUUUUUUGUUCCUCUUUUUUUUGUCAGCACUGUAGUGUGUGUAUAUAACAUUUUUUUUUCUAAGAAAAUGUGUAGUUUGAUUUAUAUCUAAUUAAGAACCUUGUAAUAAAAAAAAAAAAGUU